AAACCAAAAAUCCCGAGCCCUCCCGCCUCUCCUGUACGCACAGAAAGGUUUUACACAGAGAUGUGUUCGCACCACCGCAGAGAUAAAUUUGUAAUAAAUCUCCAUUGAAGAUCAAUUACACAGCCACUGCAGCAAUGCCACAGAAAUUUUGAUUUUCUUUGCUCAGAAGUUGCGACAAAACUUUGGGAAGCUCUGACUUUCCUCCUAUUUUGGGACACCUGAGGGAUUUUUUUUAUUUUUUAUUUUUUCCCCCCCCGGAUUUCAGGAGAAUUCCAGGAUCCAGCGGGGUCGGCGGCAGAACCUCCGGCCCGCUAGGGGGCGCCCGGAAGGAACCGGAAACCGGAACUGCGGAGCACCGGAAGUUCCAGAACACCGGAAGCGCAGGACACCGGAAGGCGGAAGCGCGGGCGCGGCGCGAUGGCGGCGGCGGUGUCGGCUCUCAGCAGUUUGGGGAUCCCCGAGGCCGAUGUCGGGAGCGAAGAGGAGGAGGAGGAGGAGGAGGCAGCGGCGGAGCCCGGCCAGGCCGCGACGGCGGCGGCGGAGCAGAGGCGGGAGGAGCGGCUGCGCCGGUUCCGGGAGCUCCACAUGAAGCGGUACGAGGCCUGCAAGCUGAACAGCCAGGAGGUGGUGGAGGAGGACAAAAGGCUGAAAUUGCCCCCAAACUGGGAAGCUAAAAAAGCUCGGCUGGAGUGGGAGCUGCAGGUGCAGGAGAAGAAGAAGGAAUGUGCAGCCAGGGGUGAGGACUACGAGCGGGUGAAGCUGCUGGAGAUCAGUGCUGAGGAUGCUGAGAGGUGGGAGAGGAAGAAGAAGAAGAAAAAUCCUGACCUGGGGUUCUCAGAUUAUGCAGCAGCACAGCUGCGCCAGUACCAGAGGCUGACCAGGCAGAUCAAACCCGACCUGGAGCAGUAUGAGAAGCUCAAGGAGCAAUACGGGGAAGGGCUGUACCCCACCUCAGACAGCCUCCUGCACGGCACCCACGUGCCCUCCAAGGACGGCGUGGACAGGAUGGUGGCAGACCUGGAGAAACAGAUCGAGAAGAGGGAGAAGUACAGCAGGAGGCGCCCCUACAACGACGACGCCGACAUCGACUACAUCAACGAGAGGAACGCCAAGUUCAACCAGAAGGCAGAGAGGUUCUACGGGAAAUACACGGCUGAGAUCAAACAGAACCUGGAGAGGGGCACGGCCGUGUGAGCCCGGGGGCACGGCUCCCAGCCCCCCCAGCCCCCGGGGGCACAGAUCCCAGCCCCCCCAGCCCCGGGGGCACAGAUCCCAGCCCCCCCAGGCCCCGGGGGCACAG